AUGGUCGCCACUGUUCAGCAUCCCGCCCCCGACUUCAAGAAGACUGCCGUCUCUGGUGGUGUCUUCGAGGAGGUCUCCCUCGACCAGUUCAAGGGUAAGUGGGUUGUCCUCGCCUUCAUCCCCCUGGCUUUCACCUUCGUCUGCCCCACCGAGAUCAUCGCUUACUCCGAUGCCGUCUCUCAGUUCAAGGAGCGAGGCGCCGAGGUUCUCUUUGCCUCCACCGACUCCGAGUACUCUCUGCUUGCCUGGACCAACGUUGCCCGAAAGGAUGGUGGUCUUGGUCCCGUCAACAUCCCCCUGCUUGCUGACACCAACCACACCCUGUCCAAGGACUACGGUGUUCUCAUCCCCGAGGCCGGUGUCGCUCUCCGAGGUAUCUUCAUCAUUGACCCCAAGGGCGUUGUCCGACAGAUCACCAUCAACGAUCUCCCCGUUGGCCGAUCCGUCGAGGAGACCCUCCGACUCAUCGAUGCCUUCCAGUUCACUGAGAAGCACGGUGAGGUCUGCCCCGCCAACUGGCAGAAGGGCUCCGAUACUAUCAAGGCUGACCCUGUCAACGCCAAGGAGUACUUCGAGAAGGCCAACAAAUAA